AUGGCUCUGCAAACACAUAAAUUAGCAGCAGCUCAGGAUGAGCACUCUUCAAUGUCCACAAAGAAGAAGUCAGAGCAAAAGCUCUCAACUGUUAAAGAAGAGUUCACUAUAAUGAAUAAUAUACUCUGUAGCCACUGUUUAACAUUUGUGUAUACAGUACACAUUAAAAAGUCUUGUUCCUGCAAGCAAGAAACCACAAAGGCCUGCACCAAUUGUGCAGAAGAUAAAAAAGCCUGUACUUCUGUCUCUUCAGAGCUGCAGAAGAAAGUGGCAGCAUUACUGUCUGAUUAUGAUAAUUUUCUCAGGCUUAAGAACACAACACUUCAAGAGAAAUUAAAAGCCAAAUAUUGA